AUGCGACACGGACGAAAGACGAAAUCGAAAUCAAAGACAAUCCCCAAAAGCAAUUCAUUUCUAUGCUUUGUUCGUACAAAGAUCAGGUUGCAAAUCUCAACUAAAAAGGCCGAGAACAUCAAAAAUGUUCUCUAUCUCACAAGAAAGCGAAGCCUAAAGUUUUUUAUCCAGAUAACGGAUGGUGUAACAGAUUUAUGCAACGCGCAGGAUUAUCGGUAUCGCACUUAUUUGAAAGCUGAGACUGCCACAAUUCUUCUCAAGGACAUCGGGAACGUGGACGAGGUUCCAGUCACUUUUGACAUGCCUAGGAAGUAUACAGUGAACAAAAAAGGAGCACAAGACAUCACUAUAACGACAACAGGAGGAGAAAAAACCAACUUUACGGUUGUCCUUGGUGUGACUGCUGAUGGCAACUUCUGUCCACCAAUGGUAAUAUUCAAGAGGAAGACAAUCCCCAAGGAUACGCCACCCGGAGUUGUCGUAAAAGCGAACUGUCGGGGAUGGAUGAUUGAGGUCCUUGACUGA